AUGGUCUGCACCUACAACGCCAGAACAGUCUCCAACAACGCCGAUCUUUAUGCCCAUCUCGAAGCUGUGGGGCGCAUCAACUAUCACGUGAUCGCCUUGCAAGAAACAAAGUCAAGGAAGACGGACUUCGUUGCGGGUGACUUCAAUGCGAAAAUCGGGAUGUCAGAAGAAGGGGAGCACAGGAUCGGGAGAUCUGGAUCAAGACUCCGGAAUGAGAACGGCAACCGUCUUGGGCUCUUAUCAGCCGCACGACUUUUUCAUGGCAACUCCAUCUUCAUGAAGAAGGAACACCGGCGGUGGACGUGGGAGUUACCUAACGUAGUGGCUCAGAUCGGCGCUUCCUUCAAGCAAAAGUGCGAUUCAGCCGGAAGCUGGAAAAGAAGAUUUGCCACCAUGUUGGUGAAGGAGAGAAGUCGUAUAUGGCGGCGUCAGAUUGGAGAACUCCUGAUCACUUGUGACUGGCUCAUUGAGGAGACCCAACGAAAGACUACGGCCUGCUUCUUAGAGGACUGA